CUUCCUCCUCCUCUUCCUCCACCACCACUUCCUCUUCCCUCUUUCCUCCUCCACGUUGAGUUCCCGGAAGUUCCUCCAACCCUCUUGGCCAACUUGAACCGACAACGCUUGGAAGGAAAACUCUGCGACGUUUCCAUCUUGCUGCAGGGGCGAAUUUUCCGCGCCCACCGCGCCGUCCUCGCUGCUUCCUCCCCUUAUUUCCACGACCAGUUAUUCCUCAAGGAACUGGAUUCCAUUUCCUUACCGGAUGUGAUGGAUCCGGAAGCUUUCGGGGUAGUUUUAGCUUCUGCUUACACAGGUCGUUUGGCUAUGGCACCAGAAGAAAUCGUCAACUUCCUGACGGUGGGAAGUGUCCUCCAAAUGUGGCACAUCGUGGAUAAAUGCACCGAGCUCCUCAAGGAUUUCCGGGCCACUUCCUCUUCCUCUUCCCGGCAGUUUUCCAGCAGGAGGAACCAAGUGAACCUGUGCGAGUCCUCCCAAGAUUUCCCAUCCCCUUACCCAACUCAAGACGACCCAAACUUCCUCCCCCCUCGUUCCUUCCUCCCCAUGGACAUGCAAGGCAACCAGAUCCUGCUCUUCCCACCUCAUCCCACCUCAACCCACGGAGCAGCGGCUCAAGAAGGUACCACCAGCACCACCAGUACAACCAGUAGCACCACCAGCAACAAGAUCUACCUGUGUCACUGCGGCAAAGCUUUUUCCCACCGGAGUAUGAGGGACAGACACGUGAACAUGCACCUGGACCUGAGACCUUUCGGGUGUCCAGUCUGCAGGAAGCAGUUCAAGAUGAAACAUCACCUGACGGAGCACAUGAAGACCCACACGGGGCUGAGGCCGUACACCUGCGCCACCUGCGAGAGGCGGUUCAUGUGGCGCGACAGCUUCAUCCGCCACCGCGGCCACUGCGCACAGGCCAGGGGCAAGGGGGGCACAGGGGCACCUGG